AUGGCUCGCGGUGGCCUCGCAGCUCCCCUCCUGGGGAGGUCCCAGGGCUCGGCGAGUGGCACCCUCAGAAAGGUGUUUGGCAGCAUAAGCGGCCUCUGCCUAUUGAUCCUCCUGAUCCUCUUCUUCGUUUUCGUGCGCUACUCACCUGAGGAUGCUGAUGUGGACGUCUACUACAUGUGGUACAUCCACGUGGCGAUCAUGAUCUGGGUUGGCUUCGGCUUCCUGAUGACCUUCCUCCACCACUACAGCCUGGGUGCCGUGUGCCUCAACUUCUUCGCCUCAUGCUUCAUCACCCUGGAGGCCGCCUUCGUGAUCGGCUCCUUCUACUACUCGGACCACCAUGAGGCUGGCAGCUGGCUGGUGGUGGACCUCAAUCUGCCACUCCUGAUCGAAGGCCUCUUUGCGGCAGCGGCGGGGAUGAUCAGCUUCGGGGCGGUGCUUGGGAAGGUGUCCCCGGCGCAACUACUGCUGCUGAUGGUGUUGGAGGUUCCGUUCUACGCAGUGAACAACUACUUCAUUAUCGACCAAGUGUUCAGCGCAAAGGAUGUUGGUGGCUCAAUGGGCAUCCAUGCGUUUGGUGCUUACUUUGGCUUGGCGGCCACCCUCUUUCUCUCCCGGAAGGGCACGGGGUCCUCCCACACACAGAACAGGAGCAACUACACCUCUGACGUCACCUCCAUGAUCGGCACCAUCUUCCUGUGGAUCUUCUGGCCCAGUUUCAAUGCCACCAUGGCGAUGCCCGGCCCGUUCUCCAGCGCCAUCCACGACAGCCGAUUCACAGCAGUGGUCAACACCAUCGUGUCCCUCAGCGGCGCCUGCCUGGCCACAUUCAUGGCAUCGGCCCUUGUGGACGGCAAAUUCAAUGUCGUCCACAUCCAGAAUGCAACCCUUGCCGGCGGUGUGGCAAUGGGCUCCGCGGCAGACCUGAGUGAUGUGGGCCCAGGGGGGGCCCUGGCCAUUGGCAUGGUCGCAGGCAUCCUCAGCGUCAUGGGGUUCAAGUACAUCGGCCCCGUGCUGGAGAAAUGGGUUGGCCUUAAGGACACCCGUGGUGUGCACAACCUGCAUGGGCUACCCGGGCUGCUGGGAGGUGUGGCUGCGGCAGUGGUGAUGAUGGUCAAUGGGGACUGGCAUGGGUUUGGGUACCAGCUGCUUGCCCUCUUGGUGACCUUCAAUGUGGCCAUCCUCGGGGGUGCGGUGUCCGGGGCACUGUCCAGCCUCGUGGACAGGCUGGGCACGGAUGACGCAGUGAACGCGGCGUUCAACGACCAGUCCGCGUUCAGCAUAGAGGUUUGA